AUGGAAUCCCUUGAAAUGAGAGGAGCGAACCGUCGAAAACUAAUUAUUCUCGUUCUAGUGGUUUUCUUUACUUGGCUCUUAUUUCUCCAGAGGACACGUCUGAAAGAGGACAGUGAGGAUUCGUAUAUUGUGGAAGGAUUGGGUCAUAGCCGAAUAGUUCCUCGAAAAUGUAUGGUUCCGGAGUGGAACAAGAAGACCACAAACUCUCUCCCACAUGCAGCUGAAUUUGAGCAGUGGAGAACAAGGAGAAUUGGAUCACAUCACAACAUUCUUGACGCUGAAUCCCGCUUGCUCUCCGCAUUCGUCUAUCCCGAUCAGAUUUCCAUAGUUACAACUGCUUUUCAUACAUACGGAAAACGCGCCACCUGUCUUUACUAUGACUGUAAUCGACGAGAAAUCCCAUCAUCUCGUUUCAAAUCUCGUGUAGUUCCAUUGACAGUGGUAACCUGUCCAAGGAGAUAUGGAGCUGAAUAUGUCAGCCUCAGUUUUGAUGAUGACGUUGAACCACAAGAACCGAUUCCUCUCAUCUUCAGAGCGUAUGAGCAGCCAGUUCACGAGCUAUCUGUCUGUGUUGGUCCACUCUAUGGCCCAGAAAGUAAAUGGUUGGAAGUCGUUGAGUACGUGGAACACUAUCGAUUAUUAGGCACCUCAAUGUUCUAUUUCACAUUGUUCAAUAUGAAUGAUUAUGACCGAAAGAUUGUAGAUGAUUAUGAGAGAUUAGGAUUGGCAGAAUCGACAAAAUAUUUUAUGGAAUAUGUGAAGUUGGGAUGGAUGUUCCAUUUGAUUCAGACACAUGAAUGUCAUCAUCGUAGUCGAUUUCAUUCGAAAUGGGUUAUUAACAUGGAUAUUGACGAACGGUUAAUUUAUAAUGGUCCUAACAAUUUCAUUCAUUUUAUGAGAUCCAUCCCACCAGCAUUCUCAGAAAUCAGUUUAAGCUCGAAUAGAGUUCUGAAAUUUGAAGAGCUUCCAGAGAAAUUCAAAAGUGAAGAACAACUUCUAGCCGAUAUGAUGUUUUUGAAAUACAAUCAAACGACUGAAAUCAGUUGGUAUAAUUUAAAAGGAAUCGUCCGACCUGAAAUGGUUGCUCUCCUGUUUUAUCAUUGGUCAUGUAGACAGUUUGAUGAAACAAAAGUGAUGUCAGUGUCCAAAAGAUUUGCGUAUGUUAGACACUAUCGAUCCGUAGACGAGAAUAAACUGAACAGUAACUGGCGAACAUUCUACAACGGAAGUCUAAUAGAGACUCGCCUUGAGGAAUCAUUUGAAAAAAGACUGACAGCUGCUGUGUUGAAAAGAGUGAAGUAUGUUUACGAUCAGAGAAUGAUUCACUGCGAAGAAAUUCCGCCGUGGAUAUUCAACCGAUUCGAACGACGACUUCUUGAUUGUAACUUCAGAAAUGAAUCUCAAAUUAUUGAUAACGAAAAUACUGGUAUUUCGGGUUUUUGA